AUGACACGUCCUCUUGACGAGAAGGUAAACUCGCCCAUCAAACUGCAACUGCCCAACAACCGCAACCCUUGUGGGUCCAACUCGUUGGACGCUGCCGAGGAUAAGCGCCGCUACUCUCAAGAACUGUACCGCUUCCACAUGGCCAUGUGGGACACGCGCAGGGCUGACCUAGAACGUCGCUCGGCUACCCAUGCUCUCACUGCCCUUUUCUGUCCUUCGACGUUGAUGGAGACGGAGCAGCCAUGGUGCUGGCAGAACGGUGGCCCGUGUAUGAGCCCUGGAUCGUACAUCAACGACAGUGCUCGCAGCUCCACCCAUGUCUCCAGCACCUCGUUGACUGGCAUUCAGUCUCGUCUCCCCCAGCCUCCUCACACUGCAUAG